CGUUCUCGCGUGUCUUUCAGGAGUACCCCUUCGUUCUUGACCCGUUCCAGCGCGAAGCCAUCUUAUGUCUCGACAACAACGAGUCUGUGCUCGUGUCUGCACACACCUCUGCUGGCAAGACCGUCUGCGCUGAAUACGCCAUUGCACUGGCCCUCAGAGAGAAACAGAGGGUGAUCUUCACCAGCCCCAUCAAAGCUCUCUCCAACCAGAAGUACAGAGAAAUGUACGAAGAGUUCCAGGACGUGGGGCUGAUGACCGGUGACGUCACCAUAAACCCCACCGCCUCCUGCCUCGUCAUGACAACCGAGAUCCUAAGGAGCAUGCUGUACCGGGGCUCUGAGAUCAUGAGGGAGGUGGCGUGGGUCGUCUUCGACGAGAUCCAUUACAUGAGAGAUGCGGAGCGCGGUGUGGUUUGGGAGGAAACCAUCAUUCUUCUUCCUGACAAUGUGCAUUACGUCUUCCUGUCGGCCACAAUCCCCAAUGCCAGGCAGUUUGCAGAGUGGAUUACGCACUUGCACAAACAGCCGUGCCAUGUCGUCUACACAGACUACCGUCCCACUCCACUGCAGCACUACAUCUUUCCAGCAGGAGGCGAUGGACUCCACCUGGUUGUUGAUGAGAACGGAGAUUUUAGAGAGGACAAUUUCAACUCUGCCAUGAAGGUGCUGAGAGACGCAGGGGAUUCUGGGGGCAGUGCAGGGGGCAAGUGGGACCCCAGAGGGCGGAAAUUAGCCACUAAAGGGCCGUCCAAUGUGUUCAAGAUCGUAAAGAUGAUCAUGGAGAGAAACUUCCAGCCCGUCAUCAUUUUCAGCUUCAGCAAGAAGGAAUGUGAGGCCUACGCGCUGCAGGUGGCCAAGCUGGACUUCAACAGAGAUGACGAGAAGCGUCUGGUGGAGGAAGUUUUCAACAACGCGGUGGACUGUCUAUCGGACGAAGACAAGAAGCUCCCUCAGGUGGAGCACGUGCUGCCGCUGUUGAAGAGGGGGAUAGGAAUCCACCACGGAGGCCUGCUGCCCAUCCUCAAGGAGACCAUAGAGAUCCUUUUCUCCGAAGGCCUGAUAAAGGCCCUGUUUGCGACGGAGACCUUCGCCAUGGGCAUCAACAUGCCGGCUCGCACUGUGCUCUUCACUAGCGCGCGCAAGUUCGACGGCAAGAACCACCGCUUUAUUACGUCAGGUGAGUACAUCCAGAUGUCGGGCCGAGCCGGGAGGAGAGGAAUGGACGACAGGGGGAUUGUUAUUUUCAUGGCGGACGAGAAGAUGAGCCCCAAAGUUGGCAAACAGCUGCUCAAGGGCUCCGCAGACCCUUUAAACAGUGCCUUCCACCUGACCUACAACAUGGUGCUCAACCUGCUGCGUGUGGAGGAGAUCAACCCAGAGUACAUGCUGGAGAAGUCCUUCUACCAGUUCCAACACUACAGGGCGUUGCCCGGUGUCGUGGAGAAAAUUAAGAAAUAUGAGAAGGAGUACCAUCGCAUUGAAAUUCCCAAUGAAGAGCACGUGUUCACUUACUUCAAAAUCCGACAGCAGCUGGCCAAACUGGCCCAAGAGAUACAAGAGUUCACCCACAAACCCAAAUACUGCCUGCCCUUCCUGCAGCCCGGGCGGCUCGUCAAGGUGAAAAACAACGACGCCGACUUCGGCUGGGGCAUCGUCGUUAACUUCUCCAAGAAGACUAACGUGAAGACGAGUGCGGAGGCGCAGCCGCUGUAUGUGGUGGAGGUUCUGGUCCACUGCAGUAAGGACAGUGUGAAGGAGGCUGCGACAGAGGCUGCUAAACCCGCUGCUCCAGGGGAGGCUGGAGAGAUGCAGGUGGUCCCGGUGAUGCUCCAUCUCCUGACUUCCAUCAGCUCAGUUCGCCUCUUCAUCCCCAAAGACCUGAGGCCCUUUGACAACAGACAGCUCAUGCUCAAGUCUAUUCAGGAGGUGCAGAAACGUUUCCCAGAUGGCGUUCCCCUGCUCGACCCCGUGGAUGACAUGGGCAUCAAAGAUCCGGCCCUGAAGAAAGUUAUUCAGAAAGUGGAGGCCUUUGAGCACCGCCUGUACUCCCACCCGCUGCACAGCGACCCCACCCUGGAGUCUGCGUAUUCCCUCUGUGAGAAGAAAGCCGUGAUCGCCACUAAGGGUCGAGCGGCCAAGCUGGAGCUGAAGGAAGCGCGCACCGUCCUGCAGAUGGACAAGCUCAAGUGCAGGAAGAGAGUCCUGCGGCGCCUCGGCUUCGCCAGUCCGUCCGACGUCAUCGAGAUGAAAGGGCGGGUCGCCUGUGAAAUCAGCAGUGCCGAUGAGCUGCUGCUGACGGAAAUGGUGUUCAACGGCCUCUUCAACGACCUGACGGCGGAGCAAGCCACCGCCCUGCUGUCCUGCUUCGUCUUCCAGGAGAACGUCGUGGAGAUACCAAAACUGACUGAACAACUGGCAGCUCCUUUGAGACAAAUGCAGGAAUGUGCAAAGCGCAUUGCAAAGGUCUCUGCAGACGCCAAGCUGGACGUGGACGAGGAGACUUAUCUCGGCCAGUUUAAGCCCCACCUCAUGGACGUGGUGUUCGCCUGGGCAAACGGCGCCACGUUCGCUCAGAUCUGCAAGAUGACCGACGUCUUUGAAGGAAGCAUCAUCCGCUGCAUGCGCCGCCUGGAAGAAGUGCUGAGGCAGAUGUGUUCUGCAGCCAAAGCCAUCGGCAACACGGAGCUGGAGAACAAGUUUUCUGAGGGAAUAACAAAGAUCAAGAGAGACAUUGUGUUUGCUGCCAGUCUCUACCUAUAAUGAUCUGACGGCUUCCCACCACACGAUGAGCAGCACCGCAGGAUAAAAGCUAUUUUUAAAUUUUAUUUCUGAUUAAUCCCCGACGGGUCUCUUGAACAUCCCCUCUUUUUGUCUCACGUUUUUCCAACUGUCAAAUAGUUUGGCAUUCAUCCCCCUAAAAUGUUAAGUUGAAUUGGCUGGAAUUUAUUUGUCCCUGAGGGGACAUAAUUGACUUGUUUUGCCUUCAACUUUGUAACGUCCUGUUCGGCUUUGUUAUUCACGUUGGGAAUCGCAUCGAAUAUAUAAACGACUGAGCAAUUAAGCAGAAGUGUUUUUCAUUUGGAUGAACGCUUCCGUUUAGAGAACGCGGUGAACAUUAAUGCUUUUAUUUUUCAUUAGUUUUACAAAUUGGUUCAUAAUCUGACAUUUUGAGGAGUGAUGGAAUUAAACCAGUCAUGCUUUAAUUUCAAGAUCUUUUGACAAAAUGCCUUUUUUUUUUUACAUUUGUACAUAUUUAACGUUUUCUUCCAUAAAGUCAGUAUGGUGUUUUUGAAAUACAGCUUUUAAAAGAA